AUGAGAAACUGCACAGCGAUGAAAGCAUCAUCUGAAAUCUCUCAGAGUCAAGUGGUUGAAACCAGUUGUGAACCAAAAGUGGAUCAGAAGACACUAUGCCCUUUAGAUGAGAACCCAAUUGCGAUAGAGUUCUUGGCUUCCUUGAAUAGUGAGCAAACUAAAGUUGCAACAAGGGAUGGACAGGAGGAUUUGGAAAAUUGUGAAGUGCAAGCAGUGGAUGGUGCCACCACUGCAGGAGUUGAAAAAUUUUCAAAAAUGGUCACUGGUAAGCAGGAUGAGGAGCUCAUUCUCACAACUGAUGAAACACUUGAUGAGUCUGGUGAUCAGGAGAAUAGACAAGUGAUCAUUGAUGAGGAAACUGAGGAUACUAUCAUUUACCAGCUCAAUGGAAUAGGCCAAAAGACCUCAACUGGUGGGUGGUUUAUGUCUGAGGGAGAGUCAGUUCUUCUUGCUCAUGAUGAUGGUUCGUGCACCUUCUAUGAUAUUGUAAACUCCGAGGAAAAGGCUUUGUACAAGCCUCCUGCAGGAGUUUCACCUAAUAUGUGGAGAGAUUGCUGGAUCAUCCGAGCUCCUAGUGCAGGUGGUUGCGCAGGAAGGUAUGUCGUGGCAGCAUCUGCUGGAAACACAAUGGAUUCAGGUUUUUGCUCGUGGGAUUUUUAUGCCAAAGAUGUGUGUGCUUUCCAUAUUGACGAUGGUUUAGCCCCAUCAAGGACAGUACUUGGCCCUUUGCCCGACAAAAUCUCAUACAGAAGAAACACUUUGUCUAAUCUUUUGGAUCCAGAAACUCAAAAAUGGUGGUAUAGACCUUGUGGACCUCUUAUUGUCUCAUCUGCCACCUGUCAGAGAGUUGUGAGAAUCUAUGACAUUCGUGAUGGUGAGCAAGUUAUGAAAUGGGAUAUCCUGAAGCCUGUGUUAACAAUGGAUAACUCAAGCCCCUUGCAGUGGAGAAACAGAGGAAAAGUUGUUGUAGCUGACAUUGAAACAAUUUCCAUCUGGGAUGUGAACUCUCUCAACCCUCAACCUUUAUUAUCUGUUUCUUCUGCUGGUCGGAAAAUCUCUGCUCUUCAUGUGAAUAACACUGACUCUGAACUUGGUGGCGGAGUUCGCCAAAGAGUAAGUUCAGCAGAAGCAGAAGGAAAUGAUGGAGUGUUCUGUACCCAGGAUUCAUUAAGUAUUCUAGACUUUCGCAAUCCGUCUGGUAUAGGUCUGAAAAUACCAAAGCUUGGUGUAACAGCACAGUCAGUUUUCUCUCGUGGAGAUUCCAUCUUCCUUGGCUGCCCCAAUGGAAGGUCUGGAUGGAAAAAACAGUCCUCUUCAGUCUUCACAAGUGCAACAGUUUUCAAUUCGAAAACAAGGCUAAUAAGCACUUGCACCUUGCCAGAAUCAAAUGCUCACAGCCAUCACACAGCUAUUACGCAAGUUUGGGGGAACUCAAACCUAGUCAUGGGUGUUUGUGGAUUGGGGCUGUUUGUGUUUGAUGCCUUGAAGGAUGACGGUGUGCCGUCUUUCACCAAUGAUAGUGGAAGCACUCAAGAUCGUGAAGCCAUUGGCCAAGAUGACUUGUAUGCACCUUCUUUUGAUUACUUGGACUCUCUUGCUCUUAUCAUAUCAAGAGAUUGCCCGGCAUUAUGGAGGCGCUUAUCAUAGGUUUGCACACUUUCCUAGCAUAUUUCUUUUUAGGAAAAAAAAAGAGAGGAGUAUCACCAGAAGACUGUUGUGUGUUAUGUAUUUUGCAGUUGUGCUAAGAUGCUUCUGUAAUGUGUUGUGUAAUGUAUAUUGCAUGCUGUGUAAUGUACAUUUUGCCAGUUUUCAAUCAUUUUGCCAGUUUUGUUACUCAAACUAUUUCUUGGUGUUCUGAUGAAGUUAUCUUCCGAUCACUUACACUUGAGGAGUUCAGGAAGAUACUUGGUUAUUUAUUUGAUUAGGUGAUAAGAGAAGAAUACUUGUUGUGAGGGCUAGCUU